UAUUUCAGUUCCACUCCUCACUUUGUUCACCAAACCACAACAUCUUCUGUCUUCUGGCAGCUGUUGCACUUCACUCUGAAACCAUGGCCAAGGACAUGACUCUGCUGUGGGGCUCCGGUUCUUCUCCCUGUUGGAGGAUCCAGAUCAUGCUGGAGGAGAAGCAGCUGCAGGGCUACAACCAAAAACUGCUCUCCUUUGAGAAAAUGGAGCACAAGUCCCAGGAAGUCCUGGACAUAAACCCCAGAGGUCAGUUUCCUGCCUUCAAAUGUGGGAAACAUAUCCUGAAUGAGUCCUUCGCCGCCUGCUUUUUCCUGGAGAACGAGUACAAGUCCCAGGGAACCAAGCUGAUCCCUGACUCCCCCGAUGUACAAGCACAGAUGUACCAGCGCAUGUUUGAGGUUUUCACACUCGGCCAGAAAAUGGUGGAUGUUAUUUACUACAACUACUUGGUCCCAGAGGGGGAGAGACAUGAUUCUGCUAUUCAAAGAAAUAAGGAGGCUCUGACCGCUGAGCUCAAGCUGUGGGAGGGAUACCUGAAAAAACGUUCAGGUGACUGUUGCUUGGCUGGAAAAGAAUUCACACUGGCUGAUGUGCUUGUUUUUCCAGUCAUUGCUUAUAUGUUCCGCUCUGGGUUAAGUAGUGAGCGUCACCCUGCACUGGGAAAAUACUACAACUCUCUGAAGGACAGACCCAGCAUCAAAGCCACCUGGCCUCCUACCUGGCAGGGCACCCCCGCACAGGACACACUGAAAGCCAUCUAAGAUCUAAGUCCUCCUCUGUGGAUACACUAACAGUUUCUGUUGUGAUUCGAUAUGUAACCACUCCUUGCAUUGCACUACUUUUUGCUAAAAAACUACUAAACUAUGCUUUGCUUCUGCUACGAAGAGCAAUUUUCUACCAUCAUUUGUUUGUGACUCUAAAUGUAAAAGAUUCUUAUUGUGCUACAAAUAGAAGCAAUAAAAAAGAGAAUUUAAA